AUGGCGAAUAUGGAUAUAGACGAGUUCAAAGAGUUCGGGAAAGCAGCAAUCGACUUUGUAGCGGAUUAUUUGGUGAACAUUCGAGACAGAGAUGUGCUCCCAUCUGUCGAACCUGGUUAUCUGCAUGAUCUACUGCCCAACGAAAUUCCGGAGAAGGGAGAUGACUGGAAAACUAUCAUGGAAGAGUUCAAACGCUUCAUUGUCCCUGGCCUGACCCAUUGGCAGUCACCACAUUUCCACGCUUUCUAUCCAUCCCAGACGUCAUACUCUUCGAUAGUUGGUGAAACACUGGCUGCAGGCUUAGGAGUCGUCGGCUUCAGUUGGAUUUGCAGCCCAGUUUGCACGGAGUUGGAAGUCAUUAUGAUGAACUGGAUCGGUCAGCUGUUGAACCUGCCGCGAUGUUUCCUCAAUUGUGACGAAGGCAACGGCGGUGGUGUUAUUCAGGGAUCGGCCAGUGAAUCGAUCUUCAUUGCAGUUUUAGUUGCACGAGAACAGGCAGUUCGUCGGCUGAAGAAUGAACAUCCAGAACUUACAGAGGCCGAGAUCCGUGGUCGGCUGGUUGCCUACACUAGCGAUCAGAGCAACAGCGCUGUAGAAAAAUCUGGGAUUCUUGGAGCCAUCAAGAUGCGUCUUUUGCCUGCAGAUGAUGAUUGCGUGUUGAGAGGACGAAUUCUUAAGAAAGCUGUUGAGGAAGAUAAAGCAAACGGCUUGUUCCCGGUUAUCAUGGUUGCCACGUUGGGAACCACUGGAACUUGUGCAUAUGAUAACCUGGAGGAAAUUGGUCCUUACUGUAAUGACAACAAGCUUUGGCUUCAUGUGGAUGCAGCCUAUGCAGGAGCCUCAUUUUGUCUACCAGAGUAUGCAUGGAUUAAGAAAGGACUUGAAAUGGCUGAUUCGCUGAACUUCAAUCUACACAAAUGGCUUUUCGUGAACUUCGAUUGCUGUGCCAUGUGGUUCAAGGAUGCUGCUAUGAUCACGGAAGCUUUCAGUGUGGAUCGUAUAUAUCUCCAACAUAAAUUCCAAGGCAUGAGUAAAGCACCAGACUAUCGCCAUUGGCAAAUUCAGCUCGGAAGACGAUUCCGUUCACUGAAGGUUUGGAUCACACUGAAAACCAUGGGAGCGGAGAAGAUUCGUGAGCUGAUUCGGUUUCACAUAAGUCUUGCGCAGAAGUUUGAACAAUACGUGCGAGCGGAUCCACGUUUUGAGGUAACAUCGUCCACAUUGGCAUUAGUAUGCUUCCGUUUGAAAGGAGAGGACACCUACUCGAAGCAACUGCUUGACAAUAUUGUCAAACGAAAGAAGAUUUACAUGAUCCCUGCAACGUACCAGGGAAAGUUUAUUCUACGAUUUAUGAUCGCAGGAAUAGAUCCUCAAGCAGAGGACAUCGAUUAUGCGUGGAAUGAAGUCAAAUCUCAGACAGAUCUAUUGCUAGGCGUGGAUGAUAAUGGGAACAAUGUUUGCAGUAAGAAGCUCAUCAAAGAGGAAAUAUUCGAGAAAGAUAAUCCCGUUGGAAAAAUCACUGAGAGUUUAGGUGGACUUGUGCUAGCCAACGAAAAAGCUCAGUGAAUGAUAUUAUUUUAUAAAUGUUGUUUGAUUAUUGUUCCAUCAUAAAUCCUCCAUGAUUUGCAGAUAAUAAUAAUAUCAAAUGUAUUUAUCUCUAGUUAAUAAGAAAACAAGUGUUUUGCCAUUUUUGAAUUUGUUUGUUGAAUAUGGCAUUUAGUUGAAACGAUAAUAAAUGAUAAUAAUAUUGACUUUAAUUUGACAUCGUCAAUGUGGGAGUAACUACAUGAAUCUUCAGUAUAGUAAUUUACGAUUUUUGUAAUCUAAAUAAAUUUUCAAUAAACCUACAUCACACAAUAUUUCAGGUACUUGUUCAUUGAU